AUGUUUAAAAGAUCUUCUUCCACUCCGAUCAGACCUGUUUCUGUUAUAGAACAUAUUGAUUACAAUUGGAGACCGUUAGUCUCACCGACAGUAAUGCCUUUCGAGCUUGGAUCUACUAUACAUGACCCUACUCAUGAUGUCACUUACAGAUUGAUACAGCCCUUGGGUAACGGAUCGUACGCUGUUGUAUACAUGGCUCAUAAUAACAAGGAUAAUAGACUAUACGCUCUCAAAUGUUUAUCCAAGGCAAAUUUGUCCGAGUACCAUUUGUCGGUGCAGAGAAACGAGGCGAUACUUCAUCAACGACUUACUUCUGGCGGAGUCAAGCACGAGAAUCUUGUCACACUUAACUAUUCGUUCGAAACAAGGGAUUGGCUAUUUCUCGUUCUUGAAUACUGUGAAGGUCAAGACCUAUAUUAUUGGCUUACGCAGGGUAACAGCAACGAUGCGAUCGCAAAGCUCUACUACUCUUCACGAGCACAUCUCGAAGUUGUGAAACAGGUCUUUGAGCAAAUCCUUGAGGCAGUCGGUCACUGCCAUGACAACUGUAUUGCACACCGCGAUUUGAAACCAGAGAAUUUUAUUGUCAUGACGAAGAAUGGCAAAAAUGGUAUUCGUGUGAAACUGACGGACUUUGGCUUGGCUACGGACGAGAUUGAGUCUGUAGAUUUCGAGUGCGGUUCAAAGCCCUACAUGAGCUACGAAUGUCGUAAUCCUGUUCGCAAGACGUACAACCCGCGUCAGGCUGACGUUUGGUCAUUGGGCAUCAUCUUCUUGAAUCUCUUGUAUCAUCGUUCACCGUGGACAGAUCCUAAUGAGAAUGAAUGCAAUUCUUUCGCAGAAUUUCAACAUGAUAAAAUCGCCUUCUUGAGACAACGUUUUCCGACUAUGCCCGAAAAAGUUGCCCGAUUUUUAGCAGACCGCGUUUUCUGUUCCGAAGAGUCUCGCGUCAGCAUUAAGGAAUGGAAAGUUUGGUGCAAGUACUUGGUAGAAAGGAUGCUCUCGGAAGAUGUUGACGAAGAACUUAUCGUAACUGUUCGUCACGAUGAGAUUGUUACUAAGGAAUGGGUGACUUCUGGCUUUAAUAAGGAACCACUUUCUGAUAAGUAUGAGAAUCACGACCGGAAACAGUCGUGGUCAGAUGCCGUUGAUGAGGAAUUCGAAGAAAUGGAUUUCUCUGCUCCUGUCAUUUUCAAUGACGAUGAGGAUUUGCUUCGACUUGAAAAAGAGAAAGAAAACAUUAAGCAGAAAGACUUUAAUAACGGCAAAGAUUCAAGAAAAGUUUCCUUUGAAGACCUUGAACAUCCCAACAAGGACGAAGACAGUAUUACGAGCAAUAGCGAUACAGACUCUGGUUUCGGUUCUGAUGACGGUUUUGCCAAACGACAACCUCGUGAUUAUAGUUCAGCGUCUGUGCGCGUCCGAGAUAAGGAUGCUAACAAGGAAUUCUCGACAGUUUCUCAGGCGAAAGUGAUUUACUGCAAACCUCGACCUUGGGGUGAGCAACGGAAUCGCGGACAUCAACGCGAAGCAGCCAGUGACUACUCUACCAGCCCCAACAGCCAUUGGUCAUCAUACCAUCAACGACGAGAACGUCUAGAACAAAGACGCAAAGGAAAGGAGGAACAAGUUCAACACGAGAAACAUCAGGAAAAACAUCGUGAUUGGUGGGGUCAAGAACGUCUACCUGGGUCUGGAUUUACUAAGUUUAAGCCAUCUGGUCAUGUUGAUAAUCAACCCUCCUGGCCAGUCAAUCAUUCAUUCCCUCGUCGCGCUCGCGCUAAGAGCAUUUCACGUUCUCCAAAUGAGAAGUCGUUUGUCAACACUGAAGGUUCAACGGAUCAUGUUCGUCGCAGAGAAUUACCUUUGGCCGCUCCGUUAAGGUCCAGGGUAUCCCCCCAUAGCCAAGAGCCAUAUACUGAAUCUUCUUCACCAUCAAGAUUUCCUUACAAGAGGAUUUCUGAUAAGAGUCAUUUGAAAGCUCAACCUGUGAAUCGCGUAGUCGAGAGCCCAAAGAAGGUUACCAAGACUACAAAACAUUCGUUGGGUCGCAUGUUAGAGAAGAUGGUAAUGUUCAAUCGAAAUGUCAAAGUUGGUGGACAAGCCAUUGAUGUUCAGUAG